AUGGCAAAGGACAACGGAUGGAGCAAAUAUGCUGAACAAAGCUAUUAUACUCCAAGAAUACAUGUGAAGCGCGUCUAUCCGUGGUUAACGGAUGUAACCCGGCCCGGAAUGUCGAGUAACAAGAGAAAAGCAGUUGAAGCUGCACUCACCAGUCCGAAUUUUAUGCACCGGAGUGUUUAUCCAUUGUACAAAGCCUCCAGUUAUCCAUUGAUUCGAGGUCAAGUUCAAGGUGAACUUGUAUCAAGACCCUCGCAAUAUCCGUACAUGGUUGAUUCGUCACUUGGUGUCGGUGGUAUGAGUGCGAAGAGGAACGGUUUCAAGAAUGCACGUCGAGGUAAUGCCUCAUCGCACUCUCACCAUUUUCGUGAAAUCCUAAAGACAAAAUUCAAUCGCGUUCAUGAUUCUGACAAUGUCAUGUUUGCGCCGAUAAGCAACUUUUUGGGAAAGGCUGAUGACGGAAGAUUGUUGAGGACUGUUGUCUGUAGUAAGUGCUAUGCCAGCUUCUUGUCUUUGGGUCAUCCACCUCAGAUAAAGGAUGGGAGUAACACACCAGUGGAUGUGAGUCGCAGGAGUCGCAAUGAAGGAUUGGACCUGCGGCUCACCUUAGGUCGCAACUACGAGGAGAACAUUGUUUCUAGCAGAGCUGAUGAAGAACCUAAACAUGCAUCUAGCACGGCCAUUGCUUAUAACAGGGCAAUUGACGAAUAUCCAAGAUAUGCUAAUUUGUCAGGGGCAACUAGCCAGAUGAACAUUAUCAAGGUGAAUGCUUAUCAAAAUAACACACCGAUGCAUGUGAUUCACAACGGUGGAUGCAAUGUGAAUCAAACCUUAGAUUGCAACGAUAAGCACAAACGAAAUGUCGUCGUUUUUGGACAAGUUACAGUCACUGCCAAUAACGAGGCAAUUUUAGACAAUCAAAACUUUGCUCAAUCUUCAAGGCCAGCCAGUCAAGUGGGCACAGUUGAACCAAAGGCUCAUCCUUUUCGAGAGAGCAUUAUGAAUUUGGCAGUGAAUCCGAAAAAACAAAAAGCUUCUAGAAGAGAGAAGCCAAAGAGGACUAUUCAGCCUCACCCUAACGCAUUCCUAUCAUCCGUCCAUAAUCUAUUAUCAACUGGAAUAUUUGAUGGUGCUCCGGUGAAGUAUAUUUUGAGUAGUCGUGAUAUAAUUCUUCGUGGUGUCAUAAAAGGGCCGAAGAUUCUUUGCAGCUGCAAUGAAUGCAACAACUCUGAAUACAUUAGUCCCUACAAAUUUGAGUUCCAUGCUGGAGGGAGGACAAAGUAUCCGAAUGAGUACAUCUACUUUGAGAAUGGCAAUACCAUCUACGAAGUUUUUCAAGAGCUGAAGGACACACCGGAGGAUAUGCUUUUUGAUGCAAUUCCUAAAAUUGCUGGUUCUGCUCAUCAUAUUCAGCUGCCACCCGAGCGCUUCAGCAAAACAACGCAAAGGACCAAGUUCCAUCAGCUAAGGGACAUUAACAAUCUACCUGAAGAAGAAUCAUGA